UGGCUGCCGGGCGUUGUCAGUCGCCGAGGCCAGAGCCGUCGCCGGGGAAGCGCAACCCGGCUCCGGUGCUCCGGCUGCCGCCGCGGCUGCUCGGCUAGUGCAGCUGAGCGAGCCCGCGCGGGCGCCACCGCCGCCUCCGCCGCCGUCCACCGCGCGCUGCCAGCACCGCGGGGCUUGCAGGAGGCCGCCGGGAGGGGCGGGCUCGCGAGCGAAGCACGAGGAGGCGGAGGCGGGGGAGAAGUGAUGCUGGCGCCAGGGAUCCGGGCAGCGGCAGCGGAGAAUAAGCAUCUUCGGGACCCCGGCUGCAGCGUCCCCGUGGCCCGCGGGCCAGCAGAACGGCCAGAGACGGCGCGUCCCGCGGAUCUGUUAGAGCCACAUCAAGGAUUGCUGAGUCCAGGAGUGGAGCAAAGUUUGUGUGAGAACAGUGACUCUACUGUCAGAAGAAUGCAAGACAUUUCAUCAUAGAAUUCACUUGGAAAAGCCAUGUGGAGCAACCCCAGCUAAAGAAGCCAGAAGACUAGUCUACUGGGGAAAGAAGAAAUGGGUUUCCAUGGACCUAUCAGUGAUAAUCAUCACAGGAUUCUACAAUUUGGUAUGCAGCAGCUUCUGGAGUGAGCCUCUCAAAUCUCUACAGACCAAUGGAGACCAAGCGAGAUGCUCUGUAACUGUAGAAAGAAGAAAGGCAGCAAGUUUGAUCCAAAAGAGUUCUGAGGAAGAUUUCUGAGGCAUGGAGCUUCCAGUGGGUUUGGAAGAAAGUAAAGUGAAUUCGGUGGUGCCACAACACAAAUAAGGUCCAUGGACACCCACCAACCAACUCCUCUCUGGCAGAAUUUUUAGAUUGCUGAAUAAUAUGCUGCCUUUGCAAGAGAACAAGGAACUAGUGCCCAAAAGACGUGUUCUUCAGUAUUUGGAUUAGACGUGCUCUCAAGACAAUGGCUUCAAAGGUCUCCUGCCUCUAUGUAUUGACCGUUGUGUGCUGGGCCAGCGCUCUCUGGUACUUGAGCGUAACAAGACCUACUUCAUCCUACACUGGCUCCAAACCAUUCAGUCACCUAACAGUUGCUAGGAAAAACUUCACCUUUGGCAACAUAAGAACUCGACCUAUAAACCCACAUUCUUUUGAAUUUCUUAUAAAUGAGCCCAACAAAUGUGAGAAAAACAUUCCUUUCCUUGUGAUCCUCAUUAGCACCACACACAAGGAAUUUGAUGCCCGCCAGGCAAUCCGCGAGACAUGGGGGGAUGAGAACAACUUCAAAGGGAUCAAGAUAGCCACGCUUUUCCUCCUGGGCAAAAAUGCUGAUCCUGUUCUGAACCAGAUGGUGGAGCAAGAGAGCCAGAUCUUCCAUGACAUCAUCGUGGAAGACUUCAUUGACUCCUACCACAAUCUCACCCUCAAAACCUUAAUGGGGAUGAGAUGGGUUGCCACUUUCUGUUCAAAAGCCAAGUACGUCAUGAAAACCGACAGUGACAUUUUUGUGAACAUGGACAACCUUAUUUAUAAACUCCUGAAACCCUCUACCAAGCCAAGAAGAAGGUAUUUCACUGGUUAUGUCAUCAAUGGCGGGCCAAUCAGGGAUGUCCGCAGUAAGUGGUAUAUGCCUAGGGAUUUGUACCCUGACAGCAACUACCCACCAUUCUGUUCAGGGACUGGCUAUAUCUUUUCCGCUGAUGUGGCUGAACUCAUUUACAAGACCUCACUCCAUACCCGGCUGCUUCAUCUUGAAGAUGUGUAUGUGGGACUGUGUCUUCGAAAGCUUGGCAUACAUCCUUUCCAGAAUAGUGGCUUCAAUCACUGGAAAAUGGCCUACAGUUUGUGUAGGUACCGCCGCGUCAUUACUGUCCACCAGAUCUCUCCUGAAGAAAUGCACAGAAUCUGGAAUGACAUGUCAAGCAAGAAGCAUCUCAGAUGUUAGGACUUUUAUCAAUGUAAAUAACUUUCUUUUCUAAGAAAUGGGGACUAAGAUGUUGGUAUAUACAGGUGUCACCAAGGGAACCUAAACUGGUAAGGGGUUUUGUAAAGGUUUUUGCUUCCUAUUCCUAAUUCUUUCUUGGAUCAGAUUUUACAAGCAUUGGGCUCAGCCAUGGAAACAGUGAGUGAUUUAGAAGGGCCAGAUUUCAUUCUCAGGUCCUAAGACAUUGCCAUUUAUUUCAAAAAGUGACUCUAAAUAACUGCCAGGAUUAGUGCACUGUGCAUCUGAGAUAAAGAUCUGGGCCAGGAGAUAGAAACUCACAGUAAUGUCUUCACACCAUAUCUGCAAACAUAAAUAAUAAUUCUUUCUUAAAAACAUCAAAACAAAUCAGAAAAGAUACACAGUCAGGAACACACACUAGAUGUGAUCAUUAAUGCUGUGUGCUGUUGUCACAUAGCAUUUUUACAUAUGUUUCCAUGGAUGUGUACAGAAUUUGAGAUUCUACCAAUAAUUGAUUUUAUCCCUGGGGUAGGGAGACUAUGCCAGAAUAGAUGGGGAUGUAAAGUUUCGAAUCAAUUAUCCUAUAUGUAUAGAAAACAUCUCAACAUGAAAUCACACGGAUUAAGUCUGGUGAAUUGUACAUAAAAUGAUACUUUAAGUAAAUAAAUAAAUGUUUUUUUUUUCCCCAGAACACACAUUACAUGGUGCCACCAAGGAGACUACCAAGUGUAGUAGUCUCACCUGCUUCCUUUCAUAUUAUACCUUUAAGUGCAUUUUAUGGUUUUUGGAUCAGGCAAGUGUAUGUCUCUAUGUGUAGAAAACACAUUGGUAGGAGGCCCAGAAAUAAUACAUAACAAUUGAUAAGAUGCAAAUCUAGGUACCCAUUCUAAUUAGCAUAAGUUGGCAAUAGUGCAUAAUGCCCCUCUCACACAUUUGCAAAGCACAUGAGAACAUCUUUAACAAGUACCAGUAUUAUUAAAAGAUGUACCCCUGCUACCAAUAGAAGAAAGGCUCUCUUAAUGUCUAAAACAUUCACAUAUGUUUAGUAGCAAAAGUUCUUUGAGAUGUUCUGGGGAUUCUGUGGCUGAGAUCCAUGGGAAGGAAGGAUAGGGAAGCCGAGUUCAGAUCCCAUUGAUGCCACCAAUUUAUAUGGACCAUAUGAACAGACAUCUCAUAUUUGAUGUACUUCUGUAUGCUCACUUAUAAAAUGGCUACAAAGAAAAAUCUACCUCACAGGUACUGUGAGAGCAAAUCACAUUUGCUAAUAAGUAUUUUGAGAUCUUUAGUUUAAAAGGUGCUACGUAAUGCCAUGGAUCAUGCACGAUGCUAAAUGCUGAAAUGAUUACAGUAAUUAUAAAGAUGGUUAUCCAUUGUGGCCACAUCUUCUUAAUAUAACAGUUUACCAAAAUAAAGAUCGACUGUGAUAAAGAUCAGCGUACCUAGUUCUUCCAAGACUUGAUGUUUCCCUGGCUGUAAGUUAGUUGAUAUGGAGAAGCUUCGGUUUCUCCACCACAGUCUCUCUCAUUUUAGGGAUGAAUUUUUCACUUCAGUGUGUUGCCUUGGCAUCCUGGGAUGUUUAAAGCAAAAGAAUCUACUUUGCUUUAGGGAGGAGCUUUGCAUAGGUUUUGCAAAACACAACUUAGAUGAGAAACAUUUGCCCUGUAUUCUCAAAACUCUUUAGAACAAGUAGAGCUAAUCUGCUCCCUCAGAAGAUGAAUAAACACCCAGCAAAUCUCCACAGUUGCUCAUCUACCAUUGAUGCCCCACUCCUUGUUGUGAUGCAAAGAAAGCUGAGAAAGUUGCUCAUUUGAGCUAUUUUCUUUGUUCAAACCCCCCCCCCCCAUAGAAGCUGAUAGUAAUGGAGAGACAAUGGAGUAAAUGGGGUCCCAUAAUCACAUACUCUCUUGCUAGGAAACACUGAAUAUUUCAUCAGUCCCCCCCCCCCAAGUACUGAAUGACAUAGGACUUCCCAUCCUUUUAUAUGAUGAUGUCAAAUGACCUAGAGAAAGAUGAAUCGGGACAAGGUGACCAAUCCUCCCACUAUCUAGCCUCAAACCCUAUGAGCUCCAAUGGCUGCGACAGUCUCACACCCUCAGGGCUCAUUGGUCUCCCAGCAAGCAGCCCAGCUGAACGCAGUCUCUGUCUCCUGCGAUGGCCUUGCAUCUAUCCUAUGCUCAGCCAAACCACUUCUCAUGUCCAAAAUCUCACACUAUAAUAACCAUGUAUGUACAUCUAUGAAUUGCUUUAUAUGUAAGUGCGAAAUAAUGUAUUGAGCCCUAAUCUUGAAAAGGAGCAAAAAAAAAAAAAAAAAAAAAAAAAAAAAAAAAAAAAAAAAAAAAAAAAAAAAAAAAAAAAAAAAAAAAAAAAAAAAAAAAAUCAGAAAAUCACAUGUCUUAAAGAACGGUUUCUUAACUUUUUUUAUGCUACAUAGUGCCCAUAUGAGAAACAUGUAAAUAGACAUCCAAUAUUACAUGUAUAUAUUUUAAAGAUGCUUUUCUUGUCACCUAAAUUGUAUGUACGGCUAGAAUCUGCUUGAUAUGUAACAUUUUCCUCUGCAUGGAACUCAAUGAGGCAAGGCCAUUUGUCCAGGAUCUCAAUAGCCUUAAGCAUGUUUGUUCGCUCUUUGUUUUUUUGGAUGUUCAAAAAAAAAAAAAUGGUUAAUUUGUCAAGGAAAAGCUCUAAUUUUCUACUUUUGUUAAUUUUAUGACAAGAAGCUGGUCAAAUUAUUGUCAUAGUUAUAUAUUAAGCCAUUCUUAACGUUUGUUUAAGAAAAAUAUACUAAUGGCAGUAUUCUGGGGCUAGGGGUUCUCGCUCAGUGGUAAAGCAUUUGCCUAGCAUGCCAAGGGCUCUGGGCUCAGCCCUCAGCCCUGCAAUAAUACAGUUCAAAUAAUGUCGGCCCUACUGUGCCAGAAGUCACUCAAAUAAUUUUUCUAAACACUGUCUGGGUCCCCAUUAUUUCUCCACUAUACUGGAUAACAUCAGCACCUAAUCUUAAAAGUUUCUUAGAGGAAAAGAUGCUUUCUCUUUGGUGCCUCGUUUGUGUGGCUUUGUGUCCUCUUGGAGCAGUUUCAAUAUACAAAAAUGUACUUUCAAAUAACCAGAUUCAAAACAUGAAGAUCAUUUUUGAUUUGAAUUGAUACGGAAGAAUAAAACCCCUUGUGUGAUAAGAUACGGAGGGGAAACAAACUCUUUACAGAGAAGUCACGGAAGGAGUUUUUCAAUCAAGUUUCUUCUAACAAAAGACAAUGGGAUAUUUGUGUACAGUGUGUGGAGUUCAUUUUCUACCUUUCCUAAUCUGUGAGUUCAAAGCGGGGAACCGAUUGUAUCAUUUCUGUAAAGGUGAAGAUACUUUUUAUAAGCCACAGGUAACUUGUGAAUGAAAGAAGUCAUUCACUAGAGACGCUUGAUGAGAAUUGACAUUUAGGUAUAUUGUUAUAUAUGAAUGAUUGUAUUUAUGUAUUUAUUUGUUCAAAAUUGUACAUAUGGUUUUGCCAAAAGUAACUGUGUGUUAAAGUGCACUCUCCGGGUUUGUAGUACUUAGGGUUACAUGGGGUGCCAAUCAAGCUGCUAAUCGGAAGACUAUUUUUUUGUAUCGGUGUUACAACAUAUGACAAAUAGAUGACGCUGUCUUUUCAUUCAUCCUCUUUCCCUUCCUCUUGAAAUGUAAACUGUGGGUUGAAAGCACGAUGCAAAUUGUACAGGCCCACCUGUCAAGAGGAAGAUCAUGGUUUCAUAAGACUGAUUUUUUUUUUUUUAAACUCCUGGGACAAAUAAACAAAAGAAGAACUAAGCCCAUUUUUCUGCUUCUUUUGAAUGGCUCUCUUUGGGGAGAUGUGAUGGUUUAUACCCACCCACUAUAAUCUUCCUAACGAUUUCAACAUAAGCAAUACCUUAAAUGACUCAGAGCUUGUCCAUAGAAGCAUGAAGCAAAUUAGUGGUGUACUCGGAGAGCGUUUGGUCCCAUAAAUAAGCUAUGGACGACCUCUGGGUUUAGGAAAUGUGCUUCUUGACUACUUCUCAUUGGCUUUAGAGAAGUGUUUUACUAUCCAAUUAAGUGUGUGUGUUGAAAACGUCAAGAAAUUCCACCUACAGAGGGACAUUCGGUGAAGAUCCUGCUUAGCAAACCAGGACACAGUAAAUCUAAGGCAAAAAUCCCACUUAGUGUUGUAUCUAUAUAUCUACUUUGGAAUAUUCACAUAUGCUUUAAGAGUUCAUUUAUGAAUGAAAGAGUUAUUCCACCAUUCUGUAGCCUAGGUGAGGAGAUGCUGACUCCUGAUUGCUAACUAUUAGCAAGAGACGAAGAGCUAUUUAAGAAACUAAAGCAUUUUUAAAUAUUAUUAUUAAUUUUGAUCCAGCUAAAGGAGAUGUAAAUUUGGGUUUAACUUCUCCUCCGAUUAUGCCUCCAUUUCAUGAGGGCAAAAUAUAAACUGAAAUAUGUGAGUAAACAAUUAAAAAAAACAUAAAAUAUGCA